CGGCCCCUCCCUCCCGUCAUGGCGGCGGCGGCGGCGGACAUCACGGCGCUCUUCAAGGCCUCCGUCAAGACGGUGAAGACGCGCAACAAGGCGCUGGGCGUCCCGCCCGGAGGAGCCGACCCCGCCGCCCUCUGGCCCAGGCGCGCCCCCCGGGGAAGGGGAGGCUUCUCCGCCCGAGCCCGCGAAGUGGUUAAUAACAUUGGGAAACUCAAAGACUUUCUUCUGCAGCACCGGAAAGAUUACAUAAAUGCUUAUAGCCAUCUCAUGUCUGAGUAUGUGCGAAUGUCCGACACUGACCGAGAUCAGAUUGACCAAGAUGCCCAAAUCUUCAUGAGAACCUGUGCUGAUGCAAUUCAGCAGCUAAGAGCAGAAGCACACAAAGACAUCCAUUCCCCACAAGUGAAGCAGCACCGAGAAACUGUAUUGGAUUUCAUUGCAGACUAUUUAAAAAGAGUGUGCAAGCUGUACUCGAAACAAAGAGCAAUACGGGUCAAGCGCGUAGUGGAUAAAAAGAGAUUAUCCAGGCUUGAGCCUGAGCAAAGCAGUAAGUCAGCACUCACGGCUUCUUGUGGAAAAGUGCCCGAGAUGGAGACGGAGGCUUCUCCUCCUCCUGAAGAAUUGGAAGAAAAACUCACCAGGGAAGGCAGCCGAGAGAGGAACCUAAUUGAUGAGCAUCCUGAUUUUAGUCUUGGUCAAGACAGCAGAGGAGAAGACGAGCUUUCCCCUGAAGAAAUCCAAAUGUUUGAGCAGGAAAACCAACGCCUUGUGGGUGAAAUGAACAGCCUGUUUGAUGAAGUGAGGCAGAUUGAAGGGAAAGUAGUUGAAAUAUCUAGACUUCAAGAAAUAUUUACAGAAAAAGUAUUACAACAGGAAGCUGAAAUUGACAAUAUCCACCAGAUAGUUGUGGGUGCAACGGAGAACAUCAAGGAAGGCAAUGAAGACAUAAGAGAGGCAAUCAAGAAUAAUGCUGGAUUUCGAGUGUGGAUCCUCUUCUUCCUGGUCAUGUGCUCCUUCUCUCUGUUGUUUCUGGACUGGUAUGGAAGCUGAUCCUGGCCCGCAAUAAAGGCUGUGGAACCACCUCGCCAGGUGACAGUAGUUCACGCA